AUGAAGUCACUUGCCGUUAUGGCUGUCGCGCUGCUAGGCCUCGCCAGCGCUGUCAACGUUGACAUCUGUAAACACCAGACUAAGGGAGACUGCGUGACGAUUGACGUCAAUGGGUGUACAAACUUCCCAGGUGGCUGGAACGACCAAGUUAGUUCGGUCGACACAGGCGCUGCUGAGUGCGUCUUCUAUGAGAACGGAAGCUGCGGAGGUGGCGCCUGGACGACCAGAGGAAGGCAGAACACGAUUCCUGGCAACUGGAACGACAAGUUCAGCUCCGUCCGCUGCUAG